CCAUCUGGUUCACAAGCUGUUCUUAAACUACUACUCUAAGAACAACAAACCUUUGCUUGCGUCACACUUCUAUAAUCGUUUACUCUUCCACAAGGAAAAAUGAGCUGGUCUGGAGGAGAUUGGAUGUGUGGUGCUUGCCAGCACAUAAAUUUCAAGAAAAGGGAUGCAUGCCAAAGUUGUGCAUACCCUAAAUUUGGAGGCCCUGACCCAACAACUUACAGAUACAACUCGACUGAAACCUUGGCAGGGGACUGGUAUUGCACUGCCAUGAACUGUGGAGCUCACAACUUUGCCAGCAGAUCAAGCUGCUUUAGAUGUGGUGCAUUGAAAGAUGGUUACUCUUGUAGAUUUGGGGGAAACAUGGAUGGCUCUGGAGGAUAUGGUUCUGAUUGCAAUUACCCUCCAGGGUGGAAAACUGGUGACUGGAUUUGCACUAGAAUUGGCUGUGGAGUGCAUAACUAUGCCAACAGGACAGAAUGCUUCAAGUGCAAAACACCAAGAAAUUUUGGUGACGCAGACUAAGAGAGGCAAUUUCAACCGCCACUAAUGACUUUCUUCCUUCACAUUUUUCUUCAGCAAACUUGUUUUCCUUAGUUAAGCUCUAGAGUAAUCAUGGACGAAGGUCCUUUGUUAGAAUCACGGCCAUGCUUUUGAAAGGGUUUCCUUUCCUUGUUUACUGCUAGAUGUUUUGAAAAGAAAGUUAUGAAAUCCAUAUUAUCAAUUUGUCA